AUGGCAAGGAAAAAAUCAUUUGGUCGCUCGCCGCGUUCCUUACUUUUCAUCGCCAGCAUGAGUCUCCUCCGACUCCAGCCUUUUGGGGCUCGGGGUCUUCUACGACCAUGCGUCCGCUCUUUCCAUACAACUAGGACGGCCGCCUUCGGCCUUGCGCAGACCAAGCCCCUUCGUGCGGUAGCAGCGCCGGCAGUUGGCUCAUACGCGCCAAAGGAUGGUGAACAUGUCCUCAAUUCACCUUCAGAAAUCGCGAGGAAGAUCUCUGCGAAGGUCCUUCCAAAGCUUCCCCGUCCGGAUGUCAAGCGGGUGGUUGUUGUUGGCAGUGGAGGGCUCAGCAUCGGCCAGGCCGGUGAAUUCGACUAUUCGGGCUCACAAGCUCUCAAGGCACUCAGCGAGGAGGGCAUCGAGGCUAUUCUCAUCAACCCCAACAUUGCAACAUGGCAGACCUCCCACCAGCUCGCAUCGGAAGUCUACUUCCUACCCAUCACACCAGACUAUGUCGCUUAUGUCCUCGAGAAGGAGCGCCCUGACGGCAUCCUUCUCACCUUCGGUGGUCAGAGCGCCCUCAAUGUCGGAAUCGAACUCGACCGUAUGGGUGUUCUCGAACGGCUGGGUGUCAAGGUCCUGGGUACGCCCAUUAGAACCCUUGAGGUUUCUGAGGACCGUGACCUUUUCGUGCAGGCCUUGAAGGAAAUUGAUAUCCCCGUCGCUCAAUCCACCGCCGUCUCUUCCGUCAAUGCUGCCCUCGACGCAGCUGCCAAAAUCGGCUAUCCUGUUAUCUUGCGUUCGGCUUUCACACUCGGUGGACUUGGUUCUGGUUUCGCAAACAACCCUGACGAACUUCGCGACCUAUCAGCAAAGAGCUUGAGCUUGAGUCCCCAGGUGCUCAUUGAACGCAGUAUGAAAGGUUGGAAGGAAUUGGAAUACGAGGUCGUGCGAGACGCAGCAGAUAACACUAUCAUUUGCUGCAACAUGGAGAACUUUGAUCCGCUUGGCACACAUACUGGUGAUUCUAUUGUCGUGGCACCGUCGCAAACGCUGCCCGACGAUGAGUACCACAUGCUUCGGAGUGCUGCUCUCAAGGUUAUCAGGCAUCUGGGUGUUGUUGGCGAAUGCAACAUUCAAUAUGCUCUUAGCCCAACGUCUAAGGAAUAUUGCGUCAUCGAAGUGAAUGCUCGUUUGAGUCGGUCCAGUGCUCUUGCUUCCAAGGCCACUGGAUACCCCUUAGCAUAUACCGCUGCAAAGAUCGCUCUCGGCCAUACCCUUCCUGAACUACCCAAUGCCGUCACGAAGACGACAACGGCGUGUUUCGAAACUUCUCUGGACUACAUCGUUACAAAAAUACCUAAGUGGGACUUGGCCAAAUUCUCCACACAGGUCAACCGGGAAGUUGGCUCGUCAAUGAAGUCCGUCGGUGAGGUGAUGGCUAUUGGUCGCACGUUCGAGGAAAGUCUGCAAAAAGCUAUUCGUCAAGUUGACCCGCGGUGGAAGGGCUUCGAGGUCGUCAUUGAACCGGAAGACUUGGACAAUGCUCUCAGCAAGCCUACGGACAUGAGGUUGUUUGCGAUUGCGUACGCCAUGUACAAGAAGAGCUACACCGUCGACCAAAUCCACGACCUGACCAAGAUCGACAAGUGGUAUUUGCACAAGAUUGAUAACAUCGUCCAGACGCACCAUGCUCUCAAGGCCGCUGGUUCCAUCGAGAAAGUCGACCAUGAGCUCAUGCAGCGCGCCAAACGCAUGGGCUUUGCCGACGCACAGAUCGCAGACAUCGUGGGAUCAGAAGAGGACGUCGUCCGUGCGCACCGCAAAUCUCUCGGAAUCACCCCCUUCGUCAAGCGUAUCGACACCCUGGCCGCCGAAUACCCCGCUCACACGAACUACCUCUACACCACGUACAAUGCCUCUGAACACGAUGUCGAGUUUGACGAGCAUGGCACGAUGGUGCUCGGUAGUGGAGUUUACCGUAUUGGAAGCAGUGUGGAGUUCGAUUGGUGUGCUGUUACCUGCGCCAGGAAGCUCAGGGAUAUGGGGAAGAGGACCAUCAUGAUCAACUACAACCCGGAGACAGUCUCGACCGAUUUCGAUGAGGCGGAUAGGCUUUACUUUGAGGAACUCGGGUUCGAACGUGUUAUGGAUAUCUACGAGUUGGAGCAGGCACAGGGUGUUAUCGUCAGCGUGGGCGGCCAACUGCCUCAGAACAUUGCACUCCGGCUCAAGAACAACGGCGUCAAGGUUUUGGGUACUGAUCCAGCACAGAUUGAUACCGCCGAGGAUCGCCAUAAGUUCUCGUCUGUACUCGACAAGAUUGGCGUUGACCAGCCCGAAUGGACUGAGGUUACAUCGUUGGAAUCUGCGAAGGCGUUUGCGAAGAAAGUAGGUUACCCUGUGCUUAUCCGGCCUUCGUAUGUCCUGUCGGGCGCUGCAAUGAACGUUGUGUUCGAGGAACACGCACUUGAGUACAACCUCUCGGCUGCUGCAGACGUCUCUCCCUUGCACCCUGUUGUCAUCACCAAGUUUAUUGAUGGUGCUCAGGAGAUCGACAUCGACGCCGUCGCCCACAAGGGCAGACUGCUUGUGCACGCCAUCUCGGAGCACGUCGAGUCUGCUGGAGUCCACUCUGGCGACGCUACCCUGGUCCUGCCACCCUACAGCCUGCCUGAGAGCGACAUGGAGCGACUCAAGGUUAUCGCAGAGAAGGUGGCUGCAGCCUUCGAGAUUUCCGGGCCGUUCAACAUGCAAGUUAUCCGGAAACCUGCUGAAGAGAGCCAGGAGGCCGAGCUCAAGGUCAUUGAGUGCAAUCUGCGUGCAUCGCGCUCCUUCCCUUUCGUGUCGAAGGUUCUUGGACACAACUUCAUUGACACUGCUACUGCGGCCAUUGUUGACCAUGAAGUGCCUGAGCCUGUUGAUGUCAUGAAGGAACCCCGGGAUUAUACCUCGAUCAAGGUCGCGCAAUUCUCCUGGACGCGGUUGGGUGGUGCUGACCCCUUCCUUGGAGUUGAGAUGGCCAGUACAGGCGAGGUUGCCAGCUUUGGCAAGGACGUGCACGAAGCUUACUGGGCAUCGCUGCUGAGCACAACAGGUUUCAAGAUACCCAAGGCCGGCUCUGGUGUCCUCAUCGGCGGCGACAUCACCAAACCUGAGAUGGCUAGCGUUGCGAAGAAGUUCAGCGAGCUCGGCUUCAAGCUGUACUGCUCGUCACCCAUCGUCGAGGAAUUCCUGAACGAUAUCCCUUACAUUUCCGCCAAGCGUAUCUGGUUCCCGAAGACGGACAAGCGCAAGCUGCGUGAAGUGUUCGACGAGUUUGAUAUCUCGUGCGUCGUUAAUCUGGCCAAGGCUCGUGGUGCCGACUUCGUCGAUGAGGACUAUGUUGCUCGCAGGAAUGCUGUAGACUUUGGCCUGCCCCUCCUUAACAAUGCCAAAACUGCUCAGCUCUUCGUUGAGAGCUUGGCGCAGAAAAUCCCUCAAGGUGGCCUCCGCGGAUACACUGAAGGCCACAUCCCUUCAGAAGUCCGCUCAUGGCGAGAGUUCGUUGGCAAGAGGGCUUAA